GUUAGCAUUCAUUACGUUUUAACACAUGUUUUAAUCGUUUCUGAACGAGUCUUUAAAAAAAAAAAAAGAUUCAACUUGACGUUUGACAGCUAACGGGCGGGCAUUCGAAAAAUCAGCCGUGAGAGGAGUGUUUUGGUUUAAACGAUAUCUUACUGUAAAUUAGUAAUAAGAAGCGAUAAAUAUACAGAUGCCUUAAUAUUAUAAGCCUGGAAGUUUAAUUACGCAAGCCUGACAACAAUCAGAAGAGGGGUAAGAACGCUGAAAAGAACUUGGAGUUUUCACCACAACCCUUAAAAGUGACUUACCUACGACUGUAACAUGUCGUCAAGUGAUACGUCCCGCUAUACUCCACCUAUGGGGGAAAGGGAUAAAAUAGAUAGAACUGGGGAGGAAAGUCGAAGGUCACGUAGUCGAAGAAGGAUAAAUAAGACUCGGAGGCAUAGAAGAUCUGUGACUAGGAGCAAUCGGCGGCAAUCUAAACGAGAAACAUACCGCAAGAGAUCUCGGAGCAGACUAACCACAACGACUGACACCACAGACAGCACUACGCCAGACCGCACUUUAGCAAGAAAGCGGAGUAUGCAUCGUAGUCGACGCCGCCGAUGUCUAAGCUCUACAGACUCAUCCAACUCUUGUGACUCAUCGUCGGAUUCGUCAUACCCUUCUUCAAAAAGAAGAAGACGAUCGCGCUCAAAAAUACACUCAGAUCAUAGAGAAAAACGAAGACGCAUGUUCUCUGGGCCCGACAAGGAGAGAGAAUUUAUGGAUAAUUUCGUAAGAUUAAUGAAUAACAAAGGAAAUCCUUUUGAAGGAGCACACAAUGUGAUCCCGGAAUUUGACCCGGAUACCCAUUCACAAUCGGCAGCAGACUGGAUUCGAAAGGUGAAUGAGACGGCACGAAUCUAUGGAUGGAGUGACAAGCAAAUAGUGUACUACGCAAUACCAAAGCUAGCCGGACAGGCCAAAAAGUGGUACCAGGGUAGAAGUUCUGUGGACUUGAGCUGGAAUCAAUGGCAGAAGAAAAUCAUUAAGACCUUUCCCGAUGACCGGAAUUACGCGGAUCGACUAUCGGAGAUGCUCAAUAGGAGGAGUAAAAGAGAAGAGUCACUUGAGGAAUAUUUUCACGAGAAGGCAAGAUUGGUUAAAAUGUGUGGUAUUACUGGUAGAAACGCUGUUGACUGCAUAGUUACUGGUAUUUUUGACAACGGUAUACGGCUUAAUGCACAAGGUUCAAGUUUUAAGAGACCAUCCCAAUUACUUAAAUACCUAAGACGGAUCUCUAAAAGAAAUAUAAUUUGGCCUAAACGAGAUAUUCCAAGGACUGAAACUAGAAACACAGAUAGCAGUCGUACUAACUCAAAUAGGACUACAUUCCGAGAGAAAUCUAGAAACAGCUAUCAUUGUUUCAACUGUUCAGAGGCUGGGCACACGGCCAGGAGAUGCCCAAAACCUCUAAAGAGAUGUGUCAAAUGUCAACGAUUAGGACAUGAAUCACAAAAUUGUCGAUCCAACCCUUUUAACCCACAAGGCAAUGCUGCGUCGAAUAAUAAUAACGAGAAUAAAUCCGACAAUACUCAAAAUGUUUUGCAAAUUACCUCGACUGAACAAUUAAAUAGUAAGUAUUUCAAGUCUGUUACACUUGAUAAUGUUCCUUGCUCUGCGUAUAUUGACUUUGGGAGUCAGUGCACUCUAGUCCAAGAAAAGGUUGCUGAUAGUCUUCGAUUGGUAAUUGAUAGAACCGGCCUACCGGAAAUAAAAGGUUUUGCUUUUGGUAGGAUAACUCCAAUUGGUAGAGUGACAGUUACAAUUGUUGUUGACGCGGUUGAGGCGGACGUCGAAGCGUACGUUGUACCCAACAAUUUAUUAAAAACUGAGGUCCUUAUUGGCCAAUCAUUAACUGAGUUACCUACAGUAGUAGUUUAUAAGACAAAUAAAGAUUUAGUUUUAUAUUGUGAUCACUCUGAGGUGGAGAAAAUAAAUAUUUUUAAUACUGAGACCGUCUCAGUUACGGGAUCAAAAGAUAUAGAGGUACACACAGAGAAUGAUUACACAGGACUCUUAUUUAUUCCCGGCAGUAUUUGCUUAAAACCUGGUUGCGAACAUAUACUAUUGCAGGGUAUUUAUUCUUUUAAAAAAGGGAAGGGUCGCUGUAUUGUAUUGAAUUUAUCACAGCAGGGAACGAACCUCCCAAAAUCUAAAUUGAUUGGGCGAGGAAUUAAGUUUGACAAAGGCGAACGUUUACUAUCAGAAACGAAACAAAUGAACGUUAAUGUUAUUGAUGUCACUAACUCAUCCCAAAAUUCCGAAAUUUGUACUGAUAAGGAGCCAAUAACGUUAGAAAUGUUGAAUAUUGGACCCAAGGUCACUGAAAGUGGUAAAAUUAUGCUACUAGAUCUUCUUAAUAACUUUAGAGAUUGCUUCGCUCUUAAUCUGCGGGAACUUGGUUUCACAUCUAUAACCCAGAUGACGCUUCAUCUUAAUGACAACACCCCCGUGACAUAUAGGCCCUAUCGCUUACCGUUCAGCGAGCGGGCCAAGGUUCGGGAGAUGGUGGGCAACUUAUUGGAUAACGGUAUAAUACAGGAGUCGCAAUCAGCUUAUGCCAGUCCUAUUGUGUUGGUGCGAAAGAAGAAUAACGAGUAUCGUAUGUGCGUCGACUACAGAGCAUUGAAUAGAAAAACUGUAAAGGACAGCUAUCCGAUGCCUGUAAUAGACGACCAGCUUGAUCGUUUAAGUGGAAAAUCAUAUUUCACAAGUUUAGACCUCGCUUCCGGAUAUCACCAAAUACCCGUAGCCGAGGAGUCACGUCAUCUCACUGCCUUCGUGACUCCCGAUGGGCAUUACGAGUAUUUGAGGAUGCCGUUUGGACUAGUUAAUGCGCCUGCGGUCUUUCAGAGCAUGAUCAACAAAGCCUUAGGGGCGGACCGCUUUGAGUUAGCUAUUCCUUAUUUAGAUGACCUAUUGUCGACGGGAAGUACCUUUCAAGAAGCAUUCUCUAAGCUUGAACGUAUUCUCGAACUCCUAAGAAAGGCAAACUUAACUCUUAAUUUAAAGAAAUGUUUCUUCUUCCAAUCCCACAUCUCUUAUCUUGGGUAUGAAAUUUCUGAGAAAGGAUUGAAACCUGGAGAAGAGAAGAUAAAAGCUGUGUCCGAGUUCCCCAGACCAACCAACGACGAGAAAGAUUGGGACUCUAAUGUUGCCAAAUUACAGUGGAGCUUAAAUAACACUGUUAACAAAAGUACUGGGAAAACACCUGCAGAGAUCGUGUUCGGACAAACUACUAACAGUCAGUCUGAAGGAAUCUUAAAAGGAGCUCUUCAAACAGAGGAACAAAUCUCAGACUCUGAUAGACUAGAAAUGAGAAAAUCUGUGCAGAAUAGAAUAGAAGAGAGACAGACCAAGAUGAAAGAAAAUUUUGACAAGACCCGUGGUCCUACACGUAUAUUUAAAGAAGGGGAUUUAGUAAUGAUUCCGAACAAUAACCCCGAUAAGGGAAAAAGUAAGAAAUUAGCACCUAAGUUUCGAGGUCCAUUUAGAGUAUCCGGUGUGCUGGAUAAGGAUAGGUAUGAAGUAUGUAGCAUCUCUGGACACUCUAAAAGGAGAUACAAAAAUAUUUAUGCUGCUGAUCAUUUGAAACCUUGGAUCACAAUGUCUCAUCCACCACUCGAAAGCGAAGGGUCUGAUGAAGAUGAUUCAGAGUCAGAUAAUAGUCAGUAA